GAGUGCAUGCUGACGGAAACGUACGACAGAGUCUAAACUUCACCUUUCAUAAUCUAACGCUGCGCCCUCAUUCACUUACGUGUACCGGGAGUGCGAGGUCAAAUCUCUUGCACUCCUCUUUGCACACGAUAGACCCUCCUUCUCUUUUGUCUGCCGACCCUCCACGCCAGCCUCUGAUUUUCUUCUCUAAGCAAACAUGAGCUCGCUUGUGCAGGGGUUCACAAAGUCUCUCGUCAUGACUGUACUAUCCGAGAUCGGCGACAAGACCUUUUUCGCCGCUGCGAGUAAUGCGGGAAUCAUAAACUGCAUACAUGAUACGCAGCUUUAUUUUCUAUGUAUGGCAGAGAAAUUAAUUGUCCAAAUAUUGGCAAUGCGUCACCCAAGAAGACUUGUUUUGUCAGGUUGCCUAGCAGCUUUAAUUGUGAUGACUAUCCUUUCUGCUGUUGUUGGCUGGGCUGCUCCAAAUCUGCUCUCUCGCACAUGGACUCAUCACAUAACAACUGUAUUGUUUUUUGGAUUUGGUAUUUGGUCCUUGUGGGAUGGAUUUACUGACAAAGGGGAGGCUGAAGAAUUGGCUGAAGUUGAAGCAAAAUUGAAUGCUGAUUGGAAAGCUAACACAGGAACAACCAAAGAGGAUGUCAAGGUUGAUGAUGAAUUGAAGAAGCAAAGACGACCAUUUCUUUCACAGUUCUUCUCACCUAUAUUCUUGAAGGCAUUUUCCAUUACAUUCUUUGGUGAAUGGGGUGACAAGAGCCAGAUAGCAACCAUUGGUUUGGCUGCAGAUGAGAACCCAUUUGGUGUUGUUUUUGGUGGAAUUCUAGGCCAAGCAUUGUGUACUACUGCUGCUGUUGUUGGAGGAAAAAGCCUGGCAUCUCAGAUAUCUGAGAGAAUAGUUGCCCUGUCAGGUGGAGUUCUUUUUAUAAUUUUUGGGAUCCAGUCCUUCCUUUCAACAGCGGAUUCACGAGGCUCCUGAUCUUUGCUAAUGGGUUAAAAGCUGGUUUGCUGGAUUGAAAUUAAGACAUUGAAAAUAUUGCCAUUUGCCAAGUCCACAGCACCAUAUCAAAUUUUUUUUUUGGGAGCAACCGUACAAUAAGAAACAAACAGAUUCAAAUAGCUAAUUAACAUGUUUGAUUGACACGAUCAAGCAGCAUGUUGUACCAUUUGCAUUUACGCCAACGGCUAUCCAUUUGUUGCUUUUAUAUCUAUUCUGUUUGGUGUAAGCCACUAAAAUAAGGAUUUUGUUUUUUUAUCAGUUUUGUGCAUAAACAUUUUCCUAAUAAAUAGCCGUGAAGUUAGUCUCUUUUAUUCAAAAAUGACCAUCUCCCAUUGUUUGCAUUUGCGCAUGGUUGAAAAAGAUUUCAUACAAACACUGACAUUGCUAACUUAUAUACACUAUCCGAUACUCUGAUGGAGAUAAUUUUUACCACAGAAACACGAGGAGACUUUCAUAUUAGGUCCAUCUUCAGCACCCACCACUCGCAGGUUCUAUUGAACUCAGAAGCCCAUUACCCCUCAGCUGCAUGCAGUGCUCUUCAGCAUCAGUCUGAGCACAAAUAAUCACCACUGACAAGCCAUUGUAAUGUGCUUCUUGCAUUAUGUUAACUGCAUUAUCAAGAGUCAUUCCAGGGAUAACCUUCAUCAAUACUUGAACAACAUAUUCCCUUUUAUUGUAGUUGUCAUUGUGCAGUAUCACCCGAUAAGGUGGAGCUGUUUUCCUUGAUCUCCUGAAGAAAAAGAAUAUAGAAAUAUAAUAUUAAAAUUUUCAAUUUUACAUUUCAUUUUAUGCUAUAAA